AUGACGCUGUGGCCGUUCACGCUCGCGACGGCGUGCCUCGGCUUCCAGAUCUGGUGGACGGUCACCGCGCUCGUCGACCACCGCGCGUACCCGGGCGGGCCGGACGCGUGGAUCUCGCAGCACGGUGCGGACGCGAAGAACAUGGUGCUGAACGUAUUGAGCGCUGGGGGCUCAUUAUUGGUUUUGUCGGGACAGAUGUAUCGCUCGUAUGUCAUAUUCAACCACAAGCUCGCGGUCGUCAUACUGCCCUCUAUAAUGUUCGUGGCCACAGUCGUCACAGGCUCGCUGUCUCUCUACAACCUGACGCGCUCGCAGGCCGCCGAGCACGAGAUCGCGGACUUUGCAAUCGCGUACCGGACAAUCUCGCUCUCGCUGAACGUGAUCCUGACCUUCCUGAUCAUCGCGCGGCUGCUCUACAUCCGGCGCGAGGUCAGGAAGCUGCUUUCGGAGACGGCAGGCGGGCGCGGGCUGCGGUCGUACACGUCGGUGGUCGCAAUGCUAGUCGAGUCGGCGUCGCUCGAGACGGCGACGGCGCUGGUGUACAUAUGCUUCGUGGGCGUAGGGAGCCCGCUGCAGGACGUGUUUCUGCCGGUGCUGGGGCAGGUGCAGGUGAUCUCGCCGCUGUUGAUCGUGUAUCGGGUGUUCCGCGGCCAGGCGUGGGAGCGGGAGACGCAGCGGACCACCGGCACCGGCACCGGCACCGGCAUCAGCACCGGCACCGGCAUCAGCACCGGCACCGGCAUCAGCACCGGCGCCAGC